AAGCGGACCUCUCUCGCCCCGGAAGUGAAGCUGCGGUCUGUCUGGCCAGGUUUUCGCUGCGCCCGCAGCUGCAGUGGAGAUGCCGGGAGCCGCGGUGAAGGGCUCGGAGUUGUCCGGGAGGAUCGAGAGCUUCGUGGAGACCCUGAAGAGGGGCGGCGGGCAGCGCAGCUCGGAGAUCAUGGCUCGGGAGACCCUGGAGCUGCUGCGUCGGCUCAUCACCGACCACCGCUGGAGCAACGCGGGGGAGCUGAUGGAGUUGAUCCGCAGAGAGGGCAGGAGGAUGACUGCCUCGCAGCCCUCCGAGACCACGGUGGGCAACAUGGUGCGGAGAGUUCUCAAGAUCAUUCGGGAGGAGUAUGGCAGGCUGCACGGACGUAGCGACGAGAGCGAUCAGCAGGAGUCCCUGCACAAGCUCUUGACAUCCGGAGGCCUGAGCGAAGAUUUCAGCAUCCAGUAUGCCCCACUGAAGCCCAACAUCAUUGAGGCGAUUAAUGAGUUGCUAAUGGAGCUGGAAGGCACAACGGAGAAUAUCGCAGCCCAGGCUCUGGAGCACAUCCACUCCAAUGAGGUGAUCAUGACCAUUGGCUUCUCCAGAACAGUUGAGGCCUUCCUCAGAGAGGCAGCCCGGAAGAGGAAGUUCCAUGUCAUUGUGGCAGAGUGUGCUCCUUUCUGUCAGGGUCAUGAAAUGGCUGUCAAUUUGUCCAAAGCAGGUAUUGAGACAACUGUCAUGACUGAUGCUGCCAUUUUUGCUGUUAUGUCAAGAGUCAACAAGGUGAUCAUCGGCACAAAGACCAUCCUGGCCAAUGGUGCCUUGAGAGCCGUGGCAGGAACUCACACGCUGGCACUGGCAGCAAAGCACCAUUCUACUCCACUCAUCGUAUGUGCACCCAUGUUCAAGCUUUCCCCCCAGUUCCCUAGUGAAGAAGAUUCAUUUCACAAGUUUGUGGCUCCUGAAGAAGUCCUUCCUUUCACAGAAGGGGACAUACUGGAGAAGGUCAGUGUUCAUUGCCCUGUAUUUGACUACGUGCCCCCCGAGCUCAUCACUCUCUUUAUCUCCAACAUUGGGGGCAAUGCUCCAUCCUACAUCUACCGCCUGAUGAGUGAGCUCUACCAUCCUGAUGACCAUGUCCUCUGACUACCAGUCGUACUAUACAGAACUGGCUUAGAUGCAGAGUGGAGCCGACACGCAGUGCUGCUGCUGCUGCAAGUAUCCUAGCAAUGGGAGUGGACACAGUUGACUUGAAAAACCUCUUUCCUGCCCUCCAAUAAGGCAUGUGUCCAGGACUGCUUCUUACCGUUCAGUCUUAACUGGACAGCAGGGCUUAGCCUGUUGAUUUUGGAACCUCUUCGUGACUUGGCUGUUUCAGGAACUUCCAACUUUUUGGUUCAGUGGUGUAUUACACAUACCACUGACUACCUUUCUGGGAUAGAUAUUUGCUCAGAAAUGGCUUCCAUACCUUUUCCUAGGCUGUGCCAAUAAAAGCUACUGGAAAGUUC